AUGAAAGUGAAAUUAAGCUGUCAAUCGUAUUGCUGUUGCUAUUCUUUCUAUUUCUUCUUUGUUUUGCAGCUACGCCGAUCAGUAUUCGAAUUUGCACAGAAAGAGUUGGCACCGCUGGCCGGUGAAAUCGACCGAACGAACAAUUUUCCGGAUUUGCGCAAAUUUUGGCGACAUCUUGGCGAUCAAGGCUUACUUGGUAUAACGGUACCCGCUGAAUAUGGCGGCGCCGGUCUAUCUUAUUUGGAUCAUGUGAUUGCUAUGGAAGAGAUCUCACGUGCAAGUGGCGCUAUUGCACUUAGUUACGGUGCACAUUCCAACUUAUGCGUGAAUCAGAUUGUUCGUAACGGAAAUGAAUCGCAAAAACGCAAAUAUCUUCCCAAGUUGAUAAGUGGUGAACAUAUGGGCGCGUUAGCGAUGAGUGAAACGGGCUCUGGUUCGGACGUUGUUUCAAUGCGUCUCCGAGCCGAUCAUAGCGGUGACCACUACGUACUGAAUGGUACAAAAUUCUGGAUUACAAACGGACCGGAUGCAGAUGUGUUAAUCGUAUACGCAAAAACGAAUCCGUCUAAGAAUCAGUACGGUAUUACGGCAUUUAUUGUGGAGAAGAGCUUCGAGGGGUUUUCAACAUCGCCGAAGUUGAAUAAGAUGGGUAUGCGAGAAGAAAAUGUUCUUGGAGAAAUUAAUAAGGGCGUCUACGUACUGAUGACUGGUCUCGACGUGGAACGUUUGGUUCUAGCCGGUGGCCCACUAGGGCUAAUGCAGGCAGCAUGUGAUAUUGCUUUCGACUACGCACAUCAAAGAGAAGCUUUCGGCUCCAAAAUCGGCACUUUUCAGUUGAUCCAAGCUAAAAUGGCUGAUAUGUAUACGACGUUAAACGCGUGUCGUUCCUAUCUCUAUAAUGUGGCACGUGCAACAGACGAGGGUCAUCUUACGAAUAAAGACUGUGCUGGAGUGAUUUUGUAUUUAGCGGAACACGCGACGAAAAUGUGUUUGGAUGCGAUUCAGAUUCUUGGUGGAAAUGGUUAUAUAAAUGACUAUCCAACCAGUCGUCUUCUACGAGACGCAAAACUUUACGAAAUUGGUGCGGGCACUUCUGAGAUUCGACGACUUGUUAUCGGUAGAGCUUUGAACAAGCAAUAUCAUGUAUAA